AUGCUUACGCCUAUUUUCCANGGCCUCACGGCUGCUAUGGCCCUAGCCAAAUUCUCACCUGCAACAGCACCGCCAAAAAUUCGAGUCUUUGAGAUUCGUCCCAAGCCCGGUGUCAUUGGCGGAGCGGUCAACCUGACACCUAACGCACUCAGACUGCUCGAUCGCUUGGAUGUUCUGCCGAUUAUGCGACAGAACGACUACGGCAUGGAGAUUGAUUGCAUCGAAAUCUUCAGCGUGUAUCAACCCGUACAGUUAGGAGAGUCAAGCUUCAGAGGACCGGAAGGCAAAGGCCUUGGAGACCCGCCGUACAAGGCUCUACGAGUGACUCGUGCAGAUGUCAUGAAAGCUCUUGUCGAAGCCGUCGAGAAGUGCCCGAACGUUGAAUUCACCUGCGGAAAGAAGACCGCUAAAAUCGACGAGGACGACGAGAAAGGCGUCACACUGACUUUCGAGGACGGAACUACUGCUCAUGGAGACAUGCUUGUUGGUUGUGACGGCAUCCACAGUGUCACACGACUAAAGCAUGUCGAGCCUGAGCGAAAGGAGAUCUACUCUGGUAUUGCGAACGCUUUCGGCUUUGCACCUCUCAACAAGGACAACCCCAAGAUUCAAGAUCCCAGCCAAUUGCACUUCGAAAGGACAGCGAUCAAUUUUGCUCGCCGUGGAAUGAUGCUGUCGAGCUUCUACGAACCAACAAAGACUUCGGUCUAUGUGGGUGGUGUGCUGCAGGUGCCAGAAAUUGCUUCUAGAGAUGGCUGGAAAGUUCGCGGCGCCGAUCAGGAGCUCACGAAACAAGACAUGCGAGAGAGAUUCGCUACUGACGAUGUGGUGUUUGACGACCUCAAGGCUCUGAUCGACACGGCCGAGGAUUGGUUCAUGUGGCCCAUCUUCACUCUACCGCCUGAGGGCCGCUGGGCAACACAACGCACCAUGCUCUUAGGUGACGCAGCUCAUGCCAUGCCGCCUCAAGGCGAAGCCACAGGCAUCGUGCUCGAAGACACCGUACUCUUUGCAAGAUGUCUGGCAAGGCAACAAGAACUCGGAACCGGAAGCUUCAGCGAUGCAUUCGCAGCGUACGAGAGACUUCGCAGGGACCGUAUCAACGCCGCCUUCAAGGAAUCGGGAGCAGUUGUAAAGACUGUCCAGGAUGCUGGCUGGCUUGGUCACAAGAUCAAGUGCUUUGUCGUGCCGUGGUUUUUGUGGUUCACCAGUACAAAGCGAGAGAAACAUUUCACUGAAGAUGUCACCACUUCCGACCUUGGAUUUUGA